AUGGGAUCCCGCAGUGUUCUUUUAGUGAUGCGGAUAGCCAAGGAGAAUCUUCGAGCAAAGAGUCCGGAGCUGAUGAAGAAAUUCAGCGUUCUAAGACUUGCUCAAGGGGCCAUACAGCGACCCGAGGAUAAGCCUCUUCCCCUUCCUCCGAAGGACUCGGCGACUGUAGAGAAGGGUCUGGAGGACGUGCCCUCAGAGCAAGAGGCUCUCCGACUUCUCGAAGAGAGAAAACAAAUUCACAUCCCCGAUGAAUCUGAGAGGGUGAUUCCUCCACAGACAAGGGGGGUGAAAAAGAGUGGGAAGAAGAAGAGGAAGCGGGAUUCUUCUUCCCGCAAGGAGAGCUCGGCCAAGAGGCCCUCUGUGGGUACGAUCCCUACGGCCGUACCUCUCCGCAUAGGGUCGGUUGAGGAGGAGGCGUCUCCCCCUUCGGACUCUCCACGGCCAGCUUCGAACAAGGGGAAAGAGAAGGUGGGGGAGUCUUCCGCGGCUCCCUCAUCACAAUUCGCUGAGGUUUAUCGUCGUCGGGAAGUUUUCCCUUUUCGACACGAGACACCCUUUCCGGAGUUGGGGCAUAAGGGCUUAAUUGUUCGUUUUAACAGGGCGACGUCCAACUUAAUCAGCAAGGUGGACGUCGACCUACUAGAAUCCAUGCCCCCCCGUGACAGGGUGCGUCAGGCACAAGCUUCGGCGGCAGAGGCGUUCAUACGGUUGGCUUUUGAGCUCGACGCAAACCGUCAAAGUGCCGCGGACCAGGAAACCAUUGCCGCCCUUACCUCCCGCUGUGAGGAGCUGAAUGACGAAUUAUCAAAAUUGCGGGAGGACUUGCCGGGCCUAAAAGAGAAACUGGCCAAGUGUUCUGAGCUGAAAGAGCGCUUGGUCAGGACCGAACAAUGGCGGGAAAGGGCAAGGAAGCAGCUGGACCAGACCAUCGAGAACUUAGAUGCUGCUUCCACCUGGUCUGCGAGCCUCGGCCAUGAAGUCGGCUUGCUGAUGGAUACACAUGCCAAGCUCGUUCAUCAGAACCAGCAACUUAUGCAGCAAGUAUCGACUGAUUCUGCCUACUUCAAGAUGAUCCUAUCCGCGGCUAAGGUGUAUAAAUUGUGUUUAACCAGGAAGGCCCGGAUGGCUCGAGAUUGGCUUCUUUCGGAUGAGCCGGAAGCGUCGAAGUUUCUUGGAGAUCUGACGGCGGAGAUGGUGAGAGCCGGAACCCUGAUCAGUGACGAAAAGUAUCGUUUGGCUGCCGCAGAGUUGGGCAUGGAUUUUACAUCUCUUCAGCAAACUGCUGAUCAGAAGGGAAGUGAAGCCUUGUCCAACCUUGCUCCUGUCUUGGACGGGGGAGUCGGCGGUAUUGGUCGACGCUGCUUGGGAUGCGGAUGA